AUGUUUCAGUUAUCGAUGAAGCUCCUGACCGACACCAAGUCUGAGAAGGUGUGCUUCGCAGAGGCAGGCAUCGAUGUCGUGGAGUUCCUCACCGGUCUACUGUCCCUGCCGCUUGGCACUGUUGUCAACCUGUUGACAAAGGAUCGCAUGGGCGGUAGCCUUGGCAACGUGCUCAGCAGCGCGGAGAAACUGGACACGAAAUACAAGAUUAAAGAGCGGCGCCUCAGCCCGGCUGUCGGCCCCACCACGCUCUCCUACCUACAGCAGCUGCUGAGUGCGCAGCUCAACAACGCAACGACACUCGCCCGUGACCCUGUUGGAACAACAACAGCCACGUCACUACCUACAUCCACGUACACGAUUGGGGACGACCUUUCGGUGACUCCGGCAUCUUUUUUUACGACUAUCUCGCUGUUGGGCAUCGCAGAGCUUGGCACCCCGGACCUCAAUGCACUGCAGCAAAAGACUGUGAAAAUCGGCAAAGAAGAGGGGUGCGUGAUACUUGUUGCUUCCUUCAAGUCUGAGACCGUCCUGACAGACGUCUUCCUGCCAAAGAAGAAAGCUCGCCGCUAG